AUGGCGGGCUUCGGUGCGGGAGGGAGACUGUUUGGGUCCGAGCUCGUACUGGGCCUGAUCCUGAAGCGGUACCGGUGGAUGAGCGUGGCGCUCUUCCACCGUCUGUUUGCGCUCGCGCGGCUGCUGCUCGUGCUCGUGAUAGAAGCCGUGAUGAGCGUCAGUGCGGCGGAGGACGCCACCCAAGGGUGUCGCUGCGGACUGUUCCUGAUGAAGACUGUGGUGGGUGUGUGUCGUGUCAGUGGGUGUGUGUCGUCCGUCAGUGUGUGUCGUGUCAGUGGGUGUGUGUCGUGUCAGUGGGUGUGUGUCGUGUCAGUGGGUGUGUGUCGUGUCAGUGGGUGUGUGUCGUGUCAGUGGGUGUGUGUCGUGUCAGUGGGUGUGUGUCGUGUCAGUGGGUGUGUGUCGUGUCAGUGGGUGUGUCGUGUCAGUGGGUGUGUCGUGUCAGUGGGUGUGUGUCGUGUCAGUGGGUGUGUGUCGUGUCAGUGGGUGUGUGUCGUGUCAGUGGGUGUGUGUGUCGUGUCAGUGGGUGUGUGUCGUGUCAGUGGGUGCGUGUCGUGUCAGUGGGUGUGUGUCGUGUCAGUGGGUGUGUGUCGUGUCAGUGGGUGUGUGUCGUGUCAGUGGGUGUGUGUCGUGUCAGUGGGUGUGUGUCGUGUCAGUGGGUGUGUGUCGUGUCAGUGGGUGUGUGUCGUGUCAGUGGGUGCGUGUCGUGUCAGUGGGUGCGUGUCGUGUCAGUGGGUGCGUGUCGUGUCAGUGGGUGUGUGUCGUGUCAGUGGGUGUAUGUCGUGUCAGUGGGUGUGUGUCGUGUCAGUGGGUGUGUGUCGUGUCAGUGGGUGUGUGUGUGUCAGCUGA